AUGACCACGCACGACGGCUAUCGCUACCAGGCUAGUUGUGGCAGCUUUUCCAAGGGUCUUGCAUGUUCGGCUGUUAUCAGUCCUCCUUCCAACCUCCCGGGGUUCUUAUCGGAUGAUGGCUUCGAUGUCAUCGUGAUUGGUGCGGGCUAUGCGGGUCUUACCGCAAUCAGGGACUUGUGCAAUUUAGGCUACAAAGUUCUACUCCUCGAGGCCCGAGACCGAGUCGGCGGGCGGACUUACACUGCCGACGUCGAUGGCCAUUUGUAUGAGAUGGGCGGGGCCUGGGUUCACUGGGGCCAACCACACGUGUACCAUGAAAUGCACCGGUAUGGCCAAACCAAGAUGCUCAAUAGCAACGAGGCGGAGAUCGGGUGUCAGUCCUUCUUCACCGCGUGUAUUGAUGGAGCAAGGACUAGCAUGAGCCUUGAGGAACAGGAGCGGCUGGUCAGCAAAGCCUUCGAGGUGUUCUGCAAUGUGGAUGACAGCUAUGGGCGACGUCUCCUGCCCUACCCGCAUGAACCCCAUCACAACCCAGAUGUCCGGUACUGGGAAUCAAUUUCAGCAGCCCAGCGACUGGACCAGAUCAGGCAUUUACUGGACGAUGUCCAGAUUACUACCCUGCAAGCGUUCCUUGUCGCAAUUUCAGGAAACACCAUGAAGGAAACCGGGUUCUUUGACAUCCUGCGCUGGUGGGCACUGAGUGGAUACACCGUCUUAGGUCUGUACGAAUAUACGGAGACCUACAAAAUCGCCGCCGGACAGUCCGAUUUUGCGCGUUGUUUCUUUGAAGAGGCCCUAUCAACAGGAAAUCUUCGAUUCUCCUUCCAGACCGCAGUGACAGGGAUUCACGACCAAGCUGGUAGAGUCACGGUAACGUGCGCGUCCGGCCAGAAGUGGCUGGCCAAACGCCUGGUGUGUACGAUCCCACUGAACAUCUUGACAAAGGUGGAUUUCAACCCACCUCUGCCCGCCGUCAAGACCGCCGCGUGUAUCAAGGGGAACGUCAACUUUGGCGCAAAGCUCCAUCUCGAGGUGGACGACACGCACCUCCUGUCAUGGGUGGCCACAAAUUGGCCCGGAACCCAUAUCUUCAGCUGUCGCGGCGACGGGAUUACUCCCAAGGGGAAUACUCACAUCGUAACCUUCGGGGCCAACAAAGACUCCCUGAGCCCCCAGCAAAAUGCCCAGGAAGCUACUGCCGAGUUGAACAAAAUCCAGCCCGUGACCGUCCAGCAAGUGGUCUGGCACGAUUGGGUGAAAGACCCAUUCUCCGGAGGGUCUUGGUGUAUGUUCCCACCGGGGUACAGCUUCCGGUACCUUGAUGCCCUUCGGGAACGACACGGGAAUGUGUUCUUUGCAAGUGGCGAUUGGGCCUACGGCUGGAGAGGUUUUAUUGAUGGCGCGAUCGAAGAGGGGAGCAGGGUGGCCAAGGAGGUUUCGGUCUGCCUCGGACGUCUGAAGGCCGUGGCCGCUUCUUUAUAACCGCAGGGACUCCCGCGGCGCAUACAAGCUUACAAUGUAUGUGUUGCUCACAACCCAACCUGGGAUGAUAUUCACCUCAGCCAUGGCGCGGAAAGUUUGGAUCGAGAUCUACAAGAACAAAAAUCAAUCUAUCAGUGCAGACAACUCACAAAUUUACAUAUACCUCAUAGUAUUAGUUUGAUUAUAUCUUG